ACUCGCGUCGAGUACUGUACGCGAAGCGAAGGCAGGAGAGCCAGAGCCAGACUUCUGUGCGCGAAUCGUGGUUACUUCUCUGGCUAGUGGUGGUGUGGUGGAGCUAUGGCUCGGUGUUCCUGUUCCGGUGGUGUAUUUACCGCUGCAGCUGAUCACGGUGCUAGCCCGCAUUGCCCCCAGGAUUUACGGACUCCGGGCGCGCUUUAGGAUUAAUUUUCUUUCCGGGCCGUCGCUUCGCUCCACCCCGCCAUGUACUCGGAGGAACACGACGCCCACGGCCUACUCACGCUGCACUACGGCAAACACCAUGCGACGAUCGUCGACGAGAUCGGCACGUGCUUCGCGUCGUCGAGCUUCGCCGACAUGACGUUCGUCUGCGACGGCGGCGCGACGCUGAGCGCCCACCGGCUGGUGCUGGCGUCGGCCAGUCCGCUGGUGCGACGCAUCCUGGCGGAGGCCGCCCAUGCGCAGGCGCCCAGCGUCGUGCUGAUGCCGGGGAUCAAGAGCGCCCACUUGCGCCACCUGUUGGACUUCCUUUACAACGGGCAGGCGUGCGUCAAGUCCAGCGAGUUACAGAGCAUCCAGGAACUGUUCGAGCUGCUCCAGAUCAAAUCGGACGUGUGGCAGUCUUCCAGUUCGGAAGAGGCCAAACCGCAGUCCGAGGACGACAGCAGCUGCGCCCCGCCAUCCGAGAAGGACCACCCUGAUCGGGUGCACGUGAAGAGAGAGACGGACGACGACGAGAAAGAGGAGGGGGAAAUCAAGGACGACGACGAGGACGACACGGCUGACGACGACGACGACCACAACCACGACGAGCACAGCUCUGGAUCGCCAAAUCCGGUCAAUUUGUCUCUCAACACCAAGAAUAACGACGAUGAGGAAAAGGAUGACGAUUACGAGAACAACACGGAGAAACCAGACUCAAAGAGCACGGACGCGCUCAAAAUAGGCCAGUCGACGGUCAAGAUAGCCCCGAAAGCAGUCCAAGAGCUCUCCCAGUACCACCACCACCGGAUGAAGCGGAAGAACGCGUACAUCGAGCCGAUCGACCUGAAGCAGCAUCAGGAGGACUUCCCCCUCAAGCCGCCGAUGGUCGACCACAAGCUGAUCUCCCUGGUGCAGAGCCCCGAUAACUACGUGGUCACUCCGCACAGGAAACGGAGGCCUGGGUUCCACAACUCCCCCGCGCAGAACCCGCCUUUCGUACCUUUUUCUCCCUCGUACAUCGAGGACCCCACGCAUCAUCAUCACAGGUACAAACCCCUUCCGCCCCUGCUAGCCGCCCACCACCCGCUGUCUCUCUCGGCCCCGCCCUACCUGGUGGACCGCACGCACACCCCCGCCCCCGCCCCGCCCCCCGACCCCGACGGCAUCGUCGUCAAGGGCCGCCCACCGAGCGCCGACCAGGGACUCGCCGCCGACGCCGCCUACCAGACCUUCGAGCACACGUGGGGGGCGUGGUCGCUGUGCCAGACACAGGUGAACGCGCCGGGCGGCGAGGAGCCCGCGCCCGUACACUUCGACGACGCAUGCGCCGAGAGCUCGGCGCAUGCGUCGGGCGGGGGCAAGCAACCGCUACCGGCGGUGCAGGUGCAAGUGCGCGAGUACCGGUGCGAGUACUGCGGCAAGCAGUUCGGCAUGUCCUGGAACCUGAAGACGCACCUGCGAGUGCACACGGGCGAGAAGCCGUUCGCUUGUCGCCUGUGCGUCGCGAUGUUCAAGCAAAAGGCCCACCUGCUCAAGCACCUGUGCUCCGUGCACCGGAACGUGAUCUCCUCCAGCGACGGCAACUCCGGCAGGUUCAACUGCUGCUUCUGCCCACUGUCGUUCGAAUCGCUGCCCGAACUGAUAAGACACCUUUCGGGGCCUCAUAACAAUUUGCUGUUGAGUAAGAACAUGCACGAGCUGAAAUGAACCCUCUCACGAUUGUUGAUGAUUGCUGUGAGUGGUUCAGCUCCCGUAACAUUCCAUUGCCCACUGAUGAGGUCGUACAGAAUACCAGAGGACGACCUCGUCUUGUGAUAAUGCUGAUUGCAUCAGUGACUUUUCUUGUAUCUCGUGUGGACGUGUAGUUGUAGGAGGUUACCCUCAGGGAUAGAAUGACGGUUGUCCCCACAAAAGUAUAACCCAGAGUAGGAUGGAAAUCAGUUCCAAACUUAUACGAAAAAACGUUUACACAACAUGGCAGACUCAGCUUAUUUGUUCUCGUAUGUUGAUUUGGGUAUUUGUACAUUCGUAUUAACUUGGUUUUAUUUAAAUCGGUUCAGGAAACAAUUUUUGAUGAAACUAUCAUGACUUGAACAGUUAUUAGUUAUGAAAACAUCGGAAAUAUCCAUGGAAUCAGAUAUCGUCGGUGAAUCACAUGUCAAACGUUCAGUGUAUCAAGACCGUUUUGAAAAAUCUCCAUGUGUUUGAAUUAUUAUUUGUCACGUGUAGCUUAGGAAGAAAUAGGCUCGAUUUGGCUACAAGCUAUAAGAAGGCCUUUUGAAUGACAAUCUCGAGACAUUUUGAAGAAUCUGAAUUCAAUCAUACGAAUGGUAGAACAAGGAAAAAAUAUUUGAUGCAGUGUCAAGGUUUGAAAUCUGGUUUCCAUUAAGUGAAUCAAAUCUUAGGGACUUCGUAGAGAGAAAUCCUGAGUUCCUAUUUUUUCAUGGGAACCUUAAUUGAGUGAAUUUUUAGUAUUUUUGGAAUUGUGAAAAUGAAAAUCGCUUUCAGAAUGAGAUAUCAGGAUCCAUGAUUUUCCUUAUAGUGUCAAUGUUCUUGUUACUUGAUUUUUUUCAUCUCAUACUGAGUAAAUAGAAUAUGUUUAUUUGAAUCACUUGAUUUAUCAUGGGUACUUUCAAAUUUUCAUAAAAUAAAGUGUUUCAUGACGCAGCUAGGACAUUGAUUUUAACAAAAAUAUCUGCUGAUUCAAUUAUGUUUUAUAUCGAUUGAUUCGAAUAAUUUCGAAUCUUGAUAAUUUAUUUCUCUUCUCAUAUGUGAAAGUUACUAGUUGAAGCAAUCAAUCAACUAUUUUUCAAGUCGAAUAGUUUUCAAAGGAAUAGGUAUCUUCCAAAAAAUAACUUGUAUUACAGUUAUUUCCGAUAAUAGAAUUGGUCCACGUAUUGAAAAUCCCCUUGUACUGACCAUCCCGUACAAAUAACUCAUAUCAAAUAGCCAUGUUUCAAGUCCACUCCGAACACAACUUUAUUGCGCAUGUGCGUCAUUACGCUCGAAUUUGCCCUUGCAUAAACGCUUUGGUAAACGUAAUCUUAAUAUUAUCCAUUCUACUAUGGGUUAUAGUUCUGUGGUUGCCUGCAGGGACCCGGAUAUUGCCGAAUGGAAAAGGCACCGAUUGGACAAGUCAGUGGGCCAGUGGACAAGUUGCCGAAACGUGUUAAAACACGUUGACUGUCUGUGUGUAUGGUAAUUGUUUCACCAGUGCUCACAUCUGAAUUUGAUAUUGUAUUUGCUUGGAAUAUUAGCGGUAUUUAUUCAUGUAUAUCAAUUUUUUUUUUGGCAAAAAACGAAAAUAAAACAGAACUUUCUGAUUAACACAACCAAGUUCUGAACGUCGUUUUAUGACCAGUUUCGGCAAAGUGUCCACCGGUCUGUUUCGUCUGUCCAUUCUGCGACUUGUCCAUUCGCCGUUCGGCGAAGUGUCAUAGAACCCAGUUGUAGUAGGUGACCCUCAGAGAUGUGUAGCGAAUAGAACGACGAUAAGACGAUUGUCCCACGGGUGAGGCACGAGAGUAUCGGGACCAACGAAGAGUGCCUUUUCCACUAUGAUCAACGCCCUCCUCAAAAAUAUGUGUUAUAGCUUGUAUUGUCUAGACAUAAUCUCGACCGAUGUUGUGUUCAAUUUGACUUUACGUACCUAACUACGCGUGGUGUGUAUGACAAGUGAUUUUUAUUACGAUUCAUUUCGGCUGGUCCGACAUCAAUUGCAAAUGUUAAUAUAAAUUAUUUAUCGAUCAUGUUAUAUACAUCACAAGUGGAAUAUAUUUUUGUACAUUAACGAAAAAUGCAUGUGCUGAUGUGAAUUUGAUUUUUGACCAAGUCUCAGGACUAAGUCAUCAACAUGUACAGUUUCAUCAUUCACUUCAACAUCAAUUGUGAAAGCAUUUUUUGUUUCUGUAUGUUAACACUUGUAUAUUACUUGAUAUAAAGUUUUUACUACAAAACUGGAACAUACGAUCGUAUAUUUUUUUAAUAUACACACCAAAGAAGUAAAAAUUAAGUUGAAAUACAAUCUUAUUUGUAACUUAUUCAUCUCUCUUUAAUCUGCUCUCAAUAUUUUUUCUCGAAACGAUAGGACCUUUCCCGAAAUGUAAAGGUAUAUAAGGAGGCCAUGUUAGCUAGUUUUUAGUGAUUCGUUGAUUACAUUGAUGAUAAUUUGGCCCUCACCCUCUAACUUUUUCAAAAUCGAAAUGCACCUUUAAUUUAAAUUUACUACGAGUGAAUUCGUUUGGCACGAUUUUUUUUUGAAACGUGGUACAAAUGUGGUAACUUAGUAUUUUUGUUAGAUUUGUUAACUGUAAAUAUUUAGAUUGUAAAUAGUGUAAGUAGGAAAAUAAAAUAUUUUCUCUU